AUGUCCCGAAGAGAUUCAUUUUGACGAAAUUCACAGAAAACUGGAACCAGAACCAAACAAGGGUCAGAACCGGAUCAGAACUGGAACUAAACUAGGAACCAGUUUGUCAGGAAAUGGAACUAUUGGAGCAUUCUGCUACUGGAUUUGAACCGGGUCAGAACCGGAUCUGAACUACGUUCAUCAAACUCAGUGACCGUUAUCGGCCAGCGGUUGCCAUGGCAGCAGGCGCCAUUUCAACUCCUCUCAUCAUCCCGAUCAGCGAGGGCGUGACCCGGAAACCCAAGACCCGCAUCGACACCAGGACGCCCGUCUGCAUCCAGUCAGACUCUCCAGGUGUGCUGAUCUUCUUCACUCUGGAUGGUUCGAAGCCGGUUGCCGGGCACCGGGGGUCAGAGGUUGGCAGCAGGAAGUACACGGGUCCCGUCCUGCUUCCUGCGGGCCAGGUGUCUGUCAGAGCCGUGGCCCUCACCAGGGACGGGAGGCGCAGCUCCGUGGUCACCAAGGUGUUCUCCGUGGGUCAGGCGGAACCAGACCAGCAGGUGCAGUCUGAAGGAGGCUACGAUUCUGAUGAGCGGUCCGGUUUUGAUCCAACACCUGAAGGAACACCUGGACGCUCUGAGUGGAGGAAAGUCACCUGCAGUCCGGCUUCAGAACCGGGCCGGACCGGGUCCAGUCCUCCGCCGGUCUCCCUACCCUCCAGAUGCUCCAGAGGUGCCGGGAUUCCAGAUCCUGAUGCUGCCUGGACCAGCUCUUCCCGACGCUCCCGCUCUGCGGAUUCUCACCAUCCAGCGCCGCUGAGCAGCGAACCGCAAACCCAACGGCCGAGAGACGCCGCUGCGCUGCGGUGUCCCCGCUGCCUCUGCGUCUGCCCUUCAGACCCGUUCGCUCGGUUCUGUUCUCAGUGUGGCGCUGUGAUUCCUCCGGUACCGACGCUCAGGCCGCCCCCUGCUGGGAGAGGACAGCUGCUGCCGUGUCCUUCCUGUCGCUGCCUGGUUCCGAUCAACUCUCGGACCUGUUGGACCUGCGAGGCGUCCACAGAAGGGACCCGGGCCGGCUUCUCCCUGCAGGUCGAUCUGGGUGGAGGCGGCGCCCCCUCUGGUGGGCCGGCGGACGGCAGCAUGUGGUCCUGCUCCAGGUGCCGCCGUCUGAACCGCCAUGAUGCCAGAUUCUGUGACCGUUGUGGCACCAAGGCUGGCCAAGCCCCCUGCUGGGUGACAUGUUGGCGGUGUGGAGCAAGCGCACCGCUGGAUGCCCCCCACUGUGCGGCGUGUGGCGUGUUCCUCCUGGCAAUGGCCCCGCCCACACCCUGCAGCGACAUCUCACCGCCUGAAGAGGACGCCGCCCACAGCCAGGCCCCGCCCCCACAGAGCCCCGCCUCCAGACGGGGCGUAGCUCCUCCCCCUGUGGAUCGGUCCACGCAGACCGUCGGACUCUAUUACCCAUCAGCCACUGAGCUGCAGCAGCGGGACCAGCAGAGGGCGCUGUGGCGCCGGCGGGAGGCGGCGAGGAGCGAGCCCCGGCCGCCGCUCAGCGCCGUCAGCCCCGGUAGAGGUUACUGGAGGAACCAACUGGACCAUGUCUGUGCUCACCUGAGGAGCUACACCCAGAACCGGGCCUCCUUCAGAACCCUGCUGGCAGAACCUCGACUGGGCCGGAUGGUGUCGGCGCUGGUCCAGCAGAACCAGGAGGAAGUGGUUCUGACGUUGAGCUUCUCGCUAGCAGCCAAUCAGAACCGGCAGCAGGUCGGACCUGACGGUGACCCCGACGGCCCGGCGCGAAGUUCUACGGUACCGGGUCGGGUCCAGACGCUGAGCAGUGUCACACAGCGCGCUACAGACGGAGCGGGAAGUCCAAGGAGGAAGCGGGAUGCCGACCUGGAACCGGACCUGUUGGUGAACAGCGGAUCAGACGUCACCCGUCUGACCGGUGUCGGUCCAGCAGGGGGCGGACCGCCACGUCCUGGCGGUUACCAUGGUGAAUGGUCACCAUGACCUAGUUCCUGUUUUAGUCCAGCCAGGCGCCGCCAGGACCUGAUGACCUCACACAGGUGGUGUGGGCGGAGCCACAGGUGUUACAGUGAAGGUGGAAACACCUGAUUCAUGAACCCUGACCACGCCCACAUUGACCACCCCCCCUUCAGUUUGUCAUGUGACUCAAGGCGUUCUCCUCUUCCUCAGGAUGAAGAACUUUGCAGCUCUGGGUUCUGAUUGGCUGCCCAUCGCCGAGUUCCUGCUCAGGUACGACUCACCUGGCCUGAGUGCCCGCUGCUUCCUCUGACUGGACCGGGCCGGUCCAGAACGCUAUACGCCUUCAGAGCUUCAGACUCCCUGGUUCUGCUUCAGACCCGUUACUGUGACAAAUUGAGGCAGCCAUCUUGGAUUGCUAUGGUGACUGCUGCCCUCGAUCGGACCAAUCAGAACCUGCAGAUGGAAUGUGAUGGAAUAUUUGUGGGGUUGACCUUUGACCCGUCAGGUCGUUUCUGAAAGUUUAUGGAAAUAAAACCCAACAUUGAUUUAGAA